GACAAUACCCAUCAGUCAGCCGGAAUUAACUAGAUAAAUGCCGUGAUAUACAAAUUGAGUUUUAAAUUUAAAUAGUUAAAUACAGUUUACAGUACCCUUUUUCGAUUAAGCGAACAUUGCAGGAAGUACAGAAUGCCAAGGAGGAGGAAGAGGGGGUCCAAAGGCAAGGGCAAUGCAGAGGAGUCAGGAAACAAACCUUUAACUCCAUAUCAGGGACAGAGGCGAUGUUUUGGCAUGUACAGAUGUCCAGAAUGCUCACGCAGCUGGGUUAGCAGCAACUCUUGGGCCAACCACGGCCAGAAAUGUCAGCAAUGCCUCAUCAAUGUCUACCCGUUUACCCAGCGCCCCCUGGACAAACCCGGCUUUAUGGACGAGGUGAACGAUGAGAGUAAGACCCAUCCCAAGGAGCUGUGUGAGAAAUGUAUGGCUCUGGGGUAUUACUGUCGCCGCCGUGACCCAGACUCGGGCAAACGACGGAGAAGAAGGCGAAAGAAGCGACGCUCCGAUCCCAGUGCUUGAAUUUAUUCCAGACAAUAAUUUAAAUUUUGCUUCUGAAAAUGAUAGAUAUCCAUUGUUUCAUUUUGCUAAGUUUUUAAAGACUGCAGAAUAAAAAUAAAUGUUCAAUUAGUUUCAAAGGAUUAUCUGAACACUGGAAAGAUCAAAGUUUUAAUUAUUUUAAUUUUCGACUAGAAUUUAUUUCUUAUA